CUAUAAUUUAGCAUGACAAAGAGGUCGGUGUGUAAUAACAUAGGUCGGAAGAAAAGCAACGAAAGUCCUCGACCGGCUCGGCAGUUUCUGUCAAUAUUUAUGGUACCAACCGAACCCAGCCCUGCGUCUCGAUCUCUCUCUAGCAGCUGCUGGGCCUAAGACACUGCGAGAAAUUGAUCUUCCACCGCCUAAAGAAGAAGAAGAAGAAGAUCGAAGAUGAGGAAGCGAGACUUGGCCAUUCUUAUGCUCUCCGCUUUUGCUAUAUUCUUCUCUCUUCAGCACGAGGGCGAUUUUUCAUUCAGAGAGGCAUGGAUGCAUCUAUCCGAUGAGUACCCUCUUAAAUACGAAGCCGAGCGCCUCCCUCCGCCAAUCGUAACCGACUUAAACGGUGACGGAAAGAAAGAAGUUCUCGUGGCCACCCACGACGCCAAAAUUCAGGUUUUGGAGCCACACUCCAGGCGUGUGGAUGAAGGGUUCAGUGAUGCGCGUGUGCUCGCAGAGGUGAGCUUGUUGCCUGACAAAAUCAGGAUUUCUUCUGGGAGGCGUCCUGUAGCAAUGGCUGCAGGCCUUGUUGAUCGAGGUAAACCCGAACAGAAGCCGAAGCAGGUCCUGGUUGUUGUUACUUCAGGUUGGUCCGUAAUGUGCUUCGAUCACAACCUCAAAAAGCUGUGGGAAAACAAUUUGCAGGAAGAUUUCCCGCAUAAUGCUCAUCAUAGGGAGAUUGCAAUCUUGAUAAGCAAUUACACCAUUAAGCAUGGGGAUGCUGGAUUAGUGAUUGUUGGUGGGAGAAUGGAAAUGCAACCUCAUAUUGCCAUGGAUCCUUUUGAAGAAAUUGGGAUGCCUGAAAAAAAUGCUGAGCAACAUAGAAGAAGUGCCAGUGAAAAAGAGGCUUCUGAUAACCUGGGAGCUGUUGAUUUACGCAAUUUUGUAUUUUUCGCAUUUGCUGGUCGAUCUGGUGAAAACCGAUGGAGUAGUAAGAAUGAGAGUACUGAAGAACGUUCUUCCGAUGCAUCACAGUUAAUUCCGCAGCAUAACUAUAAGCUUGAUGUUCAUACUCUGAAUAAUCAUCAUCCUGGAGAGUUUGAGUGUAGGGAAUUCCGAGAGUCUAUUCUUGGAGUAAUGCCACAUCACUGGGAUAGGAGAGAAGAUACUGUGUUGAAGCUGGCACACUUCAGGCGGCACAAAAGGAAAACUUUGAAGAAAACAUCUGGAAAGACCACAAACUACCCUUUUCACAAGCCUGAGGAAAACCAUCCUCCAGGGAAAGACACAAGAAAAAAAAUUUCAAACCUGAUUGGAAAGGCUGCAGAUUAUGCUAGUUCAGCAAAGUCUAAGAAGACACCACCUUAUAUUCCUACCAUAACAACCUACACAAAGAUUUGGUGGGUUCCAAAUGUUGUUGUGGCUCAUCAGAAGGAAGGGAUAAUAGUUAUUCAUUUGGCAUCAGGUCGCACCAUGUGUAAGCUUCAUCUUCAAGAAGGUGGCCUUCAUGCUGAUAUCAAUGGUGACGGAGUCCUAGACCAUGUCCAGGCUGUUGGAGGAAAUGGUGCUGAGCAGACUGUUGUUAGUGGAUCCAUGGAAGUUUUGCGACCAUGUUGGGCUGUUGCAACCUCUGGUGUACCAGCACGAGAGCAACUCUUCAAUGCUUCAAUCUGUCAGUAUAGCCACUCGAACUUUUUCCAGCAUGGAGAUUUCUCCAGAUACUAUGGUCGAACACCAGAUAUUACUUCUUUAGAGGUGGCGACGCCUAUUCUAAUCCCAAGAAGUGAUGGUCAUAGGCAUCGUAAGGGAAGCCAUGGUGAUGUUAUCUUCUUGACAAAUCGAGGGGAGGUAACUUCAUACUCCCCCCUCUCGCAUGAGCAUGGUGCUGAUUGGCAAUGGCAUCUCUCAACUGGUGCUACAUGGUCAAAUCUUCCAUCCCCAUCUGGUAUGAUGGAAGCUACUAUGGUAGUCCCCACACUGAAGGCAUUUCCCUUGCGCAUGCAUGACAAUCAAGAAGUGAUCCUAGCAGCAGGAGAUCAAGAAGCUGUGGUGAUAUCUCCAGGAGGAAGUCCAUUAACAUCAAUUGAUCUUCCCGGGGCACCAACGCAUGCCCUAAUCUGUGAGGACUUUUCAAAUGAUGGACUCAUUGACAUUAUUCUUGUGACUUCGAGUGGGGUGUAUGGCUUUGUCCAAACAAGGCAGCCAGGUGCCCUGUUCUUCAGCACACUGGUAGGUUGCCUUAUUCUUGUGAUGGGAGUCAUAUUUGUCACCCAACACUUGAAUUGCAUGAAGGGGAAACCUCGUGCUUCAUCUGGUUCGCGUUGACUGAAUGAAAUUUGCCAGCGUUGAUUAAAGAAAGCUAGAUCUUUCACUUUGGGAAUUGAGUUUUCAUGUAGUGAAGAAUCUCAAUCCCCUAGAAAAUUUUGGGUUUUUAAAAAUGUACUAUUUCCCUUUGUAUCACCCAUUGCCUCGCUCCAAAUAUAAUUAAUGAAUAUCUUCCAUGGAUCGUAGACUUAACUACAA